AUGUCUAACGACGAUCCCAUUUCCUACAUCUUCCCAGUUGCAAAAGACCUCGGCCUUUUUGACUACACGAUUUCUAUCGCCAACGAUGCGUUGAAUAGAGCACUGGAUGAGUUGGACAAGCAAAAUCGAGCAGAGCGUUCUCUAAAUUUUUGUAUGGCUUUAUUGGAUCCUUCAAUCCAUGCUGAGAAGCAGCAGUUGGAAACCUUCCAGAUCUACCGUGCGGCCUUGGACGACCCCAAAAUGGUCAAUCGUUUAUUGGAUAGUGACCAUAUCAAAGACCGCGUAUCUGCCUCCCUUCCUGUGCAAAAACCUCGCCAUGAUUUUUCUGCUACAGCCAUGCAUCAAGUUAUUUCUCUCCCUGACACUCUGGACACCAUUUUUUCUUUUCUUGCUGUGCGCAAACGAACAGAUAGGUCCGACCUCUGCAAUGCUGCCCUUGUAUCGCAUGCCUUUUAUAAUGCAGCGACUCCUCUUCUUUGGCAGAGCCCUCGACGUCUCGAUACGAUUAGAAAACAGCUUCUCUUUGCUUUUGGAGCAUCUAUAUCUGGAAAGGGCGUCGGACGACACGUCCAACGAUUGAGUAUCAACAUUUUCAAAGGAUGCUGGAAUAUCAAACUUUUAAUCAAAAUUGCGGGGCUCACACCAAAUGUGACCGAUCUAGCAAUAUACUGGGGAAAUUCCAUGGACGGCGAAGAAAUAGUAACGACUGAAUCCGUGGUCUCAGUCAAUCAGAUUUUGUUGACGUUCUCCAAACUUGAGCGUCUUGACCUUGCCAAAUAUUCAUACACUCCGCCCCGAGAAAGGAUCCUAAUUCCUGUCGAUGCACAUAAACCAUUUACCCAGUUGAAAGGACUCAGCUUAUAUCGUUUUCAUUGGCUAUGGGAACCCAUACUACAAGGCAUCGGUUCCAAACUCGAAGACCUGGAUAUCGGUUUUGGAACACAUUUGGAAAGCCACAAAUUAGUCAAAAUUUCCGCCAAAGUCCCUUUCCUGAAAUCGUUACACAUAUCAGUACUCGACGUGGAUGACCUUGGUUUCGCUUUUACCAACAUCCCGCAAUUGGAACACUUUUACGUUAACAAUUUCUCCUAUGUGGAUAACACAUCUUCUGAGAAAUUGAUCCAACACUUACUUACUAUGCGUUGCCUGCGAACCAUACACAUAGUAAAUUGUAUGGUUAAAGGAGAACAGCUGGAGCUACUGGCGAACUCCUCCCUCGCCUUAGAAAAUUUGACUUUGGAGUUGAUCGGGGACGACUCUGUGCCACAGGCCAUUCUGAAGUUUCUCAGGGACAAACGGAAGACGCUCAAAAGGAUUUCUUUAGGCUUUUGUGACGGCUACAAAUUAAAGGCUUCCAAUGAUAUAGCUUAUGCUCUUGCCGAAAUCCCUAACCUGGAAUAUGUUGACAUUGACAUGGAUCUUAGCGGCGACCGACCGAGUGCUGCGUCGAUUGAUGCUCUUCUUAACAACUGCCCCAACCUUCUCUUAACGGAUCAAUUAAGAAACUUGGCUGAUGGAAAUUCCCUUUUCAAUGAAAAGUACUUGCCGAAACUGAAAAGCAUAGAGGACGAGAUGUAUGAAGAAUUAUCCGACUUCAGCUUCAAACUCAAAUUCCAUCAUACCUCAAGUCAUCCGUGCCCUUGGAAUUUCGUUCCAAUGUCUGACUGGACUACAGACGCAAAUGAAGCAUUGACACUCUCUUUAGUGCGGUCUGCAACCGACAAAGAAGUACUUGCCGAAGACGAAACAUAUGAAGAAUUUCACCCAACAUUCACAUAUCCUAUUUAUGGCGAAGAUGAAAAGAUAUACGGUUAUAAAGACAUCGUCAUUGAUCUUCGGUUUACCUCGGGGUCAUUGAAACAAUAUCUUAAUAUCACGUAUGCUAAGAAGUUACCAUCAACAUCGACGGUAGAUGAUGUCGAGGCUACGUUGAGUGGUUUCAUUCCACCAGGUUAUUUCACGGAUAAAGACGCAUUCCUAAAGGCUGUGGACAAUGAUGCAAACGCUUUCCGACCUCCAGGCCAACUUGUUUACUCAUACACAAGGCCCUCUCCCAGCUCUUCUUCUAAGGGAAAGCGGAAAAGAAGUGGCAACAAUCAGGCGUUGGACCCUCAAAGCGAGGACGUCAUUGAAUAUGAAGUAUACCAUUCCACAUGGGAUACCCCAGGUUUUCGAGAGUACCACCGCAGAAUGCAACUUUUCAUUCUUCUUUACAUUGAGGGGGGGUCUUAUAUCAACGAGGAUGAAGAUACAUGGGAGUUUGUUCUAUUAUUUGAAAAGCGUAAAAGAAGAGAUACUUCACAUACAUCGGCAUAUCAUUUUGUUGGCUAUUCCUCACUAUACCCAUUCUACUAUUUUCCUGAAAAGGUUCGACUGAGGCUGAGCCAUAUCGAUUUCUUUUACCUGCUCUCUUUUAUCAAAGAAAUUUUUCAUCUAGCCGAACUUUACAAGGCCAUAUAUCAGUACAUCCUGAAGAACCCAGUCAUCGCUGAAUUGACGGUAGAAGAUCCAGCUGAAGCAUUCGAAGACUUAAGGGACAAAAAUGAUCUUGAGAUGCUACUGUCGAACGAGCGAUUCAUUGAAGAAGCAUUCGGUGCACAGGAUUCUGUCGGAGGUACUCGACGUGCUCGAAAAAGCUUACAUGGAGGUGAACAUGGACUUGAAAAGGGAAAGUUAAUACCACCAGCCGAUAAAGUUUGGUCUGAGAAAUGGCGGAAAGAUCUGAAGAUUGCUGGGCGACAAUUUCAAAGGGUUACUGAAAUGCUCGCACUCCUACAUCUGGAUCCACAGGAUCAGAAUAUUAUGCGCGCUUACCGUCUUCAAGUCAAGGAGCGACUAUACCGAUUCAAUUUUGAAAUUCUAGCCCAGCUUGAAAAAGAGGAAAGGCACGAAAAAUUAGAAGAAACGUUUCAAAGCGUUCGUGAUGAUUACCACAGAAUUCUGGCGCUGGUCACCUGA